AUGGCGUUCGGCAACGAGCCGGUCAGAGACGGCAAGUCAAUUGGGGAGCAAGCCAUCAUCGAGAAGGCCGAGAAAGUGCUCGUCAAGAAAGCGCUCGUCGAGUACGAGUUCGCCGAAGAUGCCUUCGAGUCAUGGAGCUCCCAGCUUCCCAGAGUUCUCAAGGAACUGCAUGACUCCCUUGAGUCCCUCGUCGAAACUCAUUGCAUGUUUGAAAAGUGCAUAGUCAAUCUCAAGGAAAAUAGCUACAGAGUGACCAGAGAUGCUCGUCGCCUUAAGCGCGUCGAGUUUGAGCGAGCUCUUCGGAGCUGCAAAAGGCAGCGCAGAUUAGUUCUUGCAGCCGAGCGCCGCAUUAUCAAGGAAGGUUACAUGAGGGAGAUCCUCCAGGCCGCGUUCGAUCGGGUACAAAUUGCCAUCACCGAGAACAUGAAGCAGGCCAAGGAGAUGUUGAGCAUGUGCUGA